GGUCAAAUUACUGACCCUCCCCAGGAUACAACCCCCUCAACAAGCUGUCGCCAGAGCAGGUGCUUCACCUGUCGCCAGAGCAGGUACUUCACCUGUCGCCAGAGCAGGUGCUUCACCUGUCGCCAGAGCAGGUGCUUCACCUGUCGCCAGAGCAGGUGCUUCACCUGUCAUCAAACACUGGGAUAGCAGACAAGGUCUAGUAAGACUUUUGAUUGUAUAGGUGCAACAUGGGGCCUGAGCUUCGUCUUCAUGUCCUGCUCUGAGAUACUCGGUUUUGUCUUGAGUGAGACCUUGUGUCGUACUAGUCGUAGGGCGAAGCACGACCCAGUUAUGUUCUCGCGUAUCUCGGAUGCUCUGCAGGCUGCUGCAGAUGUGAUCGCUCCACCGUGCCCUCGAGUGGAGGAUCUGCGUUACCACUGGACACAGUUAUCGAUCGUGUGUCAGCGGUGCCAACACUAUGAUGGGCAGCCACCACCUAUUGAAGAAACACACGUACCCAGGCAUCUUUCUCAAAUGCUGAAGCUACUGGUGGCAGAGGAGAGGGAGCAGCACAUAGGAGGACCUUUGAGCCCAUGCAUGGAGUACCUAGUCCAGGAGAAAGUAUUAGCGACAUUGGCGUCUCAUGCACGUGCGGACCGACCUCUAGGGAUACGUCAGCAUGUCUACAUAUUCUUGGUGGGGGUCCUUAACCAUCUUCAUCAUUCUCAUCUCCAUCAUGCACCCAUACACAAGCCCCUGCAGGCCAUGGUGCGAACAAUUUGUGAGAUGAGAGCUUCUCCAUAUGAAGCUGAAGAAAUUGAAUUCUUAUCGACAUUGUCUGAAAAGAUUCGUCAAGAUAAUGGUAUAAUACUGCUCUAUAUACAGCCAAUAGCCCUAACUGGAGGUGUUUCAAGUGGUUAUACGCCAGAAGACAGUCUCCCACCGACCCCAUCCCACGUGGCCACGGGCACCAGUAGCAGUGACUCUCACUCCGUAGUGACAUCACAGAAAUUACAACCUAAAUUUCCAUUGGUGGAUGCUCUGCUCAACCUCUGUCACAGUGCCGACAGUGAGAUCUCGGCUACAGCCCAUGACUGCCUUGUGGGUAUAGCAAGUGUCCGAGAGGGUCAGAGCAGUUCAACUAUAGCGAGACACACACUCCUUCCCCACUACCUGGCCACCCGUUUAGUCACUGCCUCUGACAGCAUUCCUGCAGAUACUGAAUCAGCAUUAAUAGAGGAUGUACCAUUGUCAGAAAGAGUCAGGACUGAAGGCGGCGAAAACAGCGACAGUGAGGAUGAAGAAGAUGUGGGAGAGUUUCCCGGGAAAAAAGAAGUAGUGACAUUCCUGCACUGGCUCACUUUCUGUGAUAAGCUUGUAGGUGUAAGUGAUGGUGCGUUGGGUUCAAGCAUCUGUUCUACGAUAAGAGAGGUGUUCUUAGAUGGUGUUUUACGUGGGAAUCUCACCAGUGACGACGAAGAUACCAUAUCUCUCUACAUUGCUGUCACGGCCAAGAUCAUUACCUCAGUUUCCUCUCCACUGCUCGUUAAUAGCAUCAUCUCGUGGCUGACUGAAGACUCUGAGGACAUAGAAGGCAGUGAGAACAGCAUGAGACAACAGGUGAUGGUUCUGUGCCAGCGUCCACCUCAUCACCUCCAGAUACAGGCUCUAAGGCUACUUCAGGUGCUGAUGGAGAAGCCUGGGAGCAUGGCUGUACAGUCACUGGUGCUGAACUAUGUAGUAACGCGGUCGUACUACGAUUCCUCGGCAGCAGAACACCUUCAGAGCUCCUGGUCGGAUGAAGAAGAUGAGAGAUACAAACACCGAGAGGGUGAGAUGUCUCCUGGAUCACAGCCCAUCAGCAGAACCUUAGCCCCAGCUAACAUAAAUAAAAUUGUCAAGAGUUUCAUGACAGUCGUACCUGAGGAGUUGAGAUCAACAACCAAGGAUGACUUUGAGAGUUACAUGGCUGAUGCCCAGCGCCAGUACAGUGACAUGUGUCGGUCAUGUUCAUCAUUUGGUUGGCCGAGAGAAGCUGUAACUCCAGAGUGCCCGUCCGAUUCCUCGUCCACAGCAUCCCGGGAGUCUCGGCCCGAAGCAGAAGGAAACACGUUCUAUGAAGGACCAUUCCUUAGCAUGCUCAUGGAUUUCCUGGAACACUUACCUGAUCAAGAUUAUGAUAUCAACUUGCAAGUGACAUCGUUGAUGGCAACUCUAGCACUGCUACCACACCCACACCUCCACGAGUACCUGCUGAACCCCACCAUAAUGGUGGCUGGGGGUGUACGCACACCCUUCACUGUCCUCUCCUCGGUAGUGUCCAAGAUUCACCAGCCAAUUAUGGAACGUGAAGAUUACCUGGAUCAUCUCAAGGUCACCAGAUACCAGCUCUUGGGCACAAUGGAGGACUUUGACUUUGACCGAGAUGAAGACAGCCAUAAGUUUGAAGCACUGAUUGUCAUUGAAGAAUUCACCAAGGAAUUAGCAUCAAUUGCAUAUGCCAAAUACAUUACAGAAGGUAGUGGAUGGUAGUGAUUGUCAGGUAUGGUGACUUCUCUACUCUACAUUCCUGUCACAGUUGUGUGUCUGCCCCGAUCAUGGCUUAUUACAGGCACUCGCAGCGGAAGCGACAUUGGUGACGGGUAAAAGACGGCAAUCCUCUUAGAUUUGAUAUAUAUAAUGUGCACCAAAAUCUUUGUAGGUAUUUUGGUUUCAACUAAGAAAAAUGAAUGUAAGUUAACAUUUAAGCACCUGAUACUUUUAUAAAAUGUUCAACAAGAUAACUUAUUGAGCUCAACACAGAUCUGACAUUGUUAUCUUGAAUACUUGCCAUAUAAUUUUUGCUUGUUGUGAAAUGGGUAAUAGCUCGCUUAUUUAAAUGUUACUUUUAUUUAAUUUAUUGAUAACCUAUGCUUCUUGUUGCUAUUUUUUCUUUGUGUGUCACUCUUCAAAUUUAGUUAAUGUAUAGAUGGUCUCUUUGGUAUCACAUGCACAAGUCUUAUAGUGAGGAAGAGAGUGCAAUUGUGAAUACUCUUCCUGUCCCGGUGUUGCAUUUGCAUGGGGAAUAAUGCACAGGUUGCACCCUAUUUUGUAAAGGGAAUGUAGUCAUGUUAGUGCACAAAUAUACACAGCAAUAGAUGGGAUGGAAAUGGUAGAAAUUUAUGUAUUUUUUUAAGCAGCUUCUGGGACUAGAUUAAGUUUAAUGACGGAAUUCUGCAGUGGAGAAAGAAAGCAUCACACUGGUCAGUCUUUAUUUAAAAGGACUUUUUGUAUAUGUUGUAACUUUAGCUGCAAGUCAGAACCUCAACUGUGUUGUGAAGGCAGUUCUCCACAACCUAGAUGUGCCAUAUUGUCAUGUAUUGUAUUUUCUGCAUCUGCUCUUUCUUGUUUGUGCGCGUACAAGGGAGCCGGUCGGCCGAGCGGACAGCACGCUGGACUUGUGAUCCUGUGGUCCCGGGUUCGAUCACGGGCGCCGGCAAGAAACAAUGGGCAGAGUUUCUUUCACCCUAUGCCCCUGUUACCUA